AUGACUGCACCCACCGCCAUAAAGAAAUUGCCUGUGGCUUCCAAGUCGGAUGUCAGCGAAGAAAACGAAGUUUUGGUGGACGUGAACACUAUUCCACGUGAGGAGCCUAAAACGGUAGACGAAGAUGACGAGAUGAAAGAUGAUGAACCUCAACCUCUGUCGGUCGUUCUAGACGAAAGCGGGAAGCCAAAAUUCCCUGCUGCUAGUAAAAGCGGCAUGAAAGUAAAGCUAGAAAUCAGAAAAGUGCCCGUUCCUCCUCACAGAAUGUCACCCUUAAAGAACACAUGGAUGAAGAUCUACCCGCCUUUGGUGGAACACUUGAAGCUACAAGUGAGGAUGAACUUGAAGACUAAGACGGUCGAGUUGAAAACAAACAAGCAUACAGAGGAUGAAGGUGCAUUGCAGAAAGGUGCUGACUUCAUCAAGGCAUUCACCCUCGGUUUCGAUGUUGAUGAUGCCAUCGCCCUUUUGAGAUUGGACGAUCUAUAUAUUGAGACUUUCGAGAUCAAGGACGUCAAGACAUUAACUGGUGACCACUUAUCCAGAGCUAUUGGUCGUAUUGCGGGUAAAGACGGCAAAACAAAGUUUGCGAUCGAAAAUGCCACAAGAACCAGAAUCGUUUUGGCAGACUCUAAGAUUCACAUUUUGGGUGGUUUCACGCAUAUCAGAAUGGCAAGAGAGGCUGUGGUGUCGCUCAUCUUGGGUUCUCCUCCAGGAAAGGUUUAUGGUAAUUUGCGUACUGUGGCCUCCAGAAUGAAGGAGAGAUACUAG